AUGUUGCGGAAGCAAAGUGUGGCAGGUUACUGGACCAUCUUCUCCGCUAAGAUCCCCCUAAACUGUGCCCUAAAGCUACUGCGCCCCGUAAGUAGGCUGGGCACCAACACUCUCAGAAACCUCCACUUCAAUGCACCCCUCAGCGUCAGUCUACAGUUUGACAACUUCACUUUGAGCCUGUCACGCGACUCUUACAGCGUUGCGCAAACGGACGCCCUGCUGCUCCCGAAGGCCAGCGAGUCCUGGGUCCUGGCCACACGCGGAGUCUAUUGCAGAAGUCAAGAGACCAAGGAUGCAGAAAGGACGUGGCCGGCGGGACUGCGCGUCAACGGCUCUGGCACCAUUACUCUGCUUUGUGCUUCGGUCGGGGGGCCGCUCCGGCGAGGCUUUCGCCCCGGCCGAGCGUUUGGCAAAGGCGCGACCGUUGCUUCAGGCUCUUGCCCGUGCACAGGACCCACAUAUCGGCUUGCUCUUUUUGGGGCACUGCGUCUCUUUCUGCAAGAUGGCGCUCCGAGCAGAAACGCAAACCUCGAAGUCGGGCAGUCCUUCCCGGGAUCUUCAGUGAGGGAAGAGCCCAAACACCCGCUGGGUCGAAACUGUGGGGAGCUGCGCAACUCAUGGGACGAUGCUGGGUAG